UGUGCGUGAAUGCGGACUUUACAACGCGUUAUGAGCUGCGUGUGUCUUCUGUUGCACCACCGCCACAACGUUGAGUCGUGUUCGUGGCUCUUUCUCAGCAUGCACGCGUGAAAAAAAAAAACGCGAUUGUGCGUUAUUACGUGUAUGCAUGAGAGAAACGCGCGUGAGGCACGUGGAGUUGUUGGAAAGCUGUUUUGUGGUUCACGCGCUUUGUGCGUGUUGCAUCUACUUUGUAAGAAAAACAAAAAAAACAAAACCUGCGCCAUGAGUCACGAAACCCGCACCACUUUCUAUCACUUGUUCCUGACAAAAUAUUAUACAGACAUCGUUUCAGAGGAUACACACGUGUUGUCUAGACGCUGGAGAUUUGCAGAAAAAUCGACAUAACCGUAUUGUGGUGGUGCAAUGUGAUUUUAUGAACUUGAUUUCACAUGCUGACCCUUCUUCAUCUUCUUCUUAUUCCUCUUCUUCUUUAGUGCGACCUGCGACUUAUCCUAUUUUUAAUAAAGAAUUAUUAUAAUCGUAGUUUCAUCUGUCAGUUUGAAUAGCAGUGCAAUAAAUCAGGUGUCUCUUUAUUUAGCAAAUUAAAGUUUUGUGUCUGGAUGAUUUGCCUCCAACAGCAAACCUGAGAUGAACAGAGUUCAGAUUCUAAGCAUUGUAGUAAAAUAGCAAGCACACAAGUUCCUCUUUGGGACAAGUGUGUAUCUACCAAAAAUAUUCGAAUCAAAAAGUUUGAUCCUAGAAACACAUGUGGUGCACGUGCAGUUAUGAGUUUAACACCUGAUUUCCAGGUACACUGGAUUGACCUGUUUCUUAAUUAUUAGCCUUUAUGUGCUGCAUUAAACACGACAGCUGUUUGCCAGAUGAUUCAACAAAUCCAUCAACCUGUUCUAAGUUGGCAUCAAUUCUAAUGUUCCUAUAUUCUCUUUAUCUUCUAAUCAGGAUGUUUAGUAGAAGAACCUGUAACCAUCUCCUCAUCCUGAAAUCCAAUCUCAAGCCUCUGUGGCCUCCAACAGGAUUUUAGCUUAAAAUGCAAAAGUCAUGACACGAGUUGAUGGAAUAAAUGACAAGCAAUUAGAUGGUCAUGGGGUUGGAGAAAGAUUUAUUCCUGCUGGAUGAGUAUAAGAGGUGUGUGUGAUGAGGAAGAUGUAGGAGCACUGACUUUUCUACUGAAUCAAGAAAAUAUAAAAGUGGUGAUUAAAUAAAAAUGAUAAAAUAUGCACCCUUUUUUUAUUCUCAUCCUUGCAGUAUUUGAUAUGAAUAUUCAGUGAGUAUUUCGUCUUUGUGUCCUGCUGAACAAUUCGAACGGGGUUCAGGGUCAAUUAGCGGCACGUGAUCAUUUUUUUUUUUUUUUUUGUAAUUAAUAAGGAAUAACUGAUCGCAUCCCGAUCCGUGUUAAUCCUGGCGUUUGCAGAUCCCGACGUGUUUGCAAAAGACGUGAUGAUGUUGCUCGCAAAGCUCGCGGGCUUCCUCUUUUCGACUCAGAGGAAACGACAAGGAAGGCGGGGUGUGCAGCUUCUUCACGCGCGCUGCCUUAUAUAUCUUCCCCCUCCUUCAAAUCCGUUUUACAGCCAUUCCAGCGUGGCUCAGAUGUCAGCAGAGAUGGAGAAGAAGAGCGAGCGGAAAAUAACAACAACAAAAAAUCCCCCACGCCUUUAUAUGGAAAUAUUUAGACGCGAAACAAUGGCGCUCGUGCCGAAACCGUGUGGCAAAAUGGCAGCCGAGGUAGCGCCUGUUUUCGGUCUGAAACAUAUGCUGCAUCAAAGGAGUGUAGUGAAGCAUGGUGUGGUUCAACUACGCCUUAUUAAUGCUCAUGUGUCAUAAACUGGAAGAUCCGGCAAUCCGCACGGAUCUGCACCUACUGGCAUGGUGCCAACCGCUGUCUCCAUGGCAACACCGAGUCUCGGUAACCCGUGGUCUUCCCCAUCCACGUUGUAAAUCACGCCCAGGGUCCCAGAUAGGGUCCAAGGUCCCUGACGAUUUUCCUGGAGUGGCCUAUGUGCUGUGAGCAGGUGCGCGAGGCCUCAUGACGAUGCACCGAACCACGCGGAUAAAGAUCACGGAGCUAAACCCGCAUCUGAUGUGCGUGUUAUGCGGCGGUUACUUUAUCGACGCCACCACCAUCGUUGAAUGUCUUCAUUCAUUCUGUAAAAUGUGCAUCGUGCGCUAUUUAGAGACCAGUAAAUACUGUCCCAUAUGUGACGUGCAAGUUCACAAAACCAAACCCCUGCUCAAUAUCAGGUCAGAUAAAACCCUUCAGGACAUUGUGUACAAACUGGUGCCUGGUCUGUUCAAAAAUGAAAUGAAACGAAGAAGAGAUUUCUAUGCAGCACAUCCAUCAGAUGAUGCUGCUAACGGAUCGAACGAGGAUCGGGGAGAAGUAGCCGAUGAGGACAAGAGAAUAAUCGCUGAUGAUGAGAUCAUUAGUCUCUCCAUUGAGUUUUUUGAUCAGAGCAGAUUGGGAAGUGGUGACAGGGAAGACAAAGACCCCACGAAAGAGGCGAAUGUGAAGAGAUAUUUGCAAUGCCCGGCUGCUAUGACUGUGAUGCAUCUCAGAAAGUUUCUCAGAAGUAAAAUGGAUAUUCCAUGCACCUUUCAGAUCGAGGUCAUGUAUGAAGACGAGCCUCUAAAGGAUUAUUACACGUUAAUGGACAUCGCCUAUAUCUACACAUGGAGGCGGAACGGUCCACUGCCUCUGAAGUACAGGGUUCGUCCUGGCUGUAAGAAACUAAAGCUGAGCAGCGCACCAAGCCGUGGGAAUGCGGGCCGAAAGCCUGAAACGGAGAGUGACUCUGGAAGCGAAAAGCUCAGCAGCCCCGUCCUUCACGCUCCUACACCUUCCACGUCGUCUUCUCUGCCGAGUCCGAGCGCCCCGGUCAAAUCCUCCCACUCGAGUUUUUCUCAUCUCACACCAAUCAACGGAGUGUCCAACAAAGCCGGGCCCAAUGGCCAAGUCUCAUUCGUUAACAAAGCCAGCAAGGGUUCGGUCAAUGGGUCCAAUUCUCUCGGGUGACGAAACGUCUAAUAAACUUGAAAAUCUGCCAAAAGUAGAGCUGCAAACUCGGACGCAACGUUUGUAGGGAUUAUAGUGAGCGACAGUGAUUUCUUUGGACUUGGUAAGAAAAGCUACGUCUGAUAACUCUGGUCUCUUAAGAGUUAGCCCAUGCAACGGGAGGUGUUUUUCAAAAAGCAGUUUCUUCACCAAAUCACCAUUUCCUUUUGUAUUAUGUAUGUUUAAGUACGUAUGUUUAACUAUGACUUUUUUUUUCCUGUCCAUUACUAAGCAUUUGUUGGUUGAAUAGAGAUCAUGAAGUAUGUUUUGUGCAUGAAGAACCAAGGAUGGAAGCCAGGAAUCUUCUAUUGUAUAAACUCCGAAUCAUUCAUGUAGGUUAGAGCUUCAGUGUGUAGAAGCUGAUCGUCUUUUUUCUUUAAACAGGAAGCAGCGUUAAACGAGUCCUGAGCAGCUGGUCAUAAAGACAACUGAUUAAUCGUCACAAACGUUAAGGGCUUUAAGUUCUCCUUGUAUUUUUUAUUCAAGUGUUAAGCUCUGUACUUUUCAAAAAAGAAAUGUAUAUGUGACAAAAUGAAGGAUAAACGAGAUACUUUUGGAUGCUCUCGUUGAAAUCGGAGUUCUUUAGGAACCUGUUUUGCUUCUGAAAGUUCUUCAGAUGGUUCUGCUGGUAAGACAAUUUAAAGAUGCUCUCCAAGAAGAUGAUGGAGGGAAUUAUGAUGAAGUGCGACCUUUAAAUUCACCAAUGGACAUUAGAAAUGACCAGAUUAGGUUUAUUUCUCAUCUUUAAAAAAUAUUUGUCUUUUUAUUGUUUAUUUGCCUACAAGGACAUUUCAGUCUUUUGUGCUCCAAAUGUCAAACUGAUUUGACAAGUUAUUUUUGGCCAAAACACUUUCAGGCCUGUGUCUGGUUUUCUGUUGUACGAUAUAAAAACCUGUAUCUGAAUAAACAUUUUACGUUUUUAUUA